AUGAGGAAACGGUUCAUACCCAACCUUUACUACCAUGAACUAUAUCAGCGGCUCCAAACAUUAGUCCAAGGAAGCCGAAGUGUGGAGGACUACUACAAGGAGAUGGAGAUCGCCAUGCUCCAAGUAGAUAUUGUGGAGGAUAGAGAGGCUACCAUGGCGAGAUUCCUUAACAGCUUGAGACCUGAAAUCGCCGAAUUGGUAGAGUUGCAAAACUACGUGGACAUGCCUGAGUUGAUUGACAAGGCAUCCAAGAACGAGAGAAGGCUUAAGAGGAGGGGUAUCCCUCGUAACCCUAGCUUUUCGGUCACGCCUGUGUGGAGGGGCAAUCCGACCUUCGAGCAGGAACGGCCUAGUCCAGGGGUGCCCAAGUUUACUCCUAAGACCAAGCCAGCCAAGCCAGUCCCAAAGGCAACUCCAAGGUCUUCAUUCGACUCUUCCAAGCCACGAAGCCGCGACAAGUGCUUCAAAUGCCAAGGAUUUGGGCACAUUGCUUCUCAAUGUCCCAAUAGGUGUACCACGAUUGUGCUACCAAGCGGAGAUGUCGUAUCUGACGACGAGAACGAGUUCACCGACAUGCCUCUAUUGAUUGAAGAAGGUGAAGAUUCCAAGAUGGAGGUUGAGGCCACUACGGAGCAAGUGGGUGUUGCUCUAGUAGCCUGUCGAGCUCUCGCGACCCAAGUCAAGAGAGUAGACGAGGCCCAACGUGAUAAUAUCUUCUACACACGAUGUCACGUCAAGGGUCGAGUAUGCAACCUCAUCAUUGGCGCCGGUAGUUGUACCAACGUGGCAAGUACUCUCAUGGUGGACCAUCUUUCUUUACCCACGUUGAGGUACCCCAACCUAUACUGCUUGCAAUGGCUCAAUGAGAGUGGCGAUAUCAAAGUCACCAAGCAAGUGGUGGUGCCUUUCCGGAUCGGGAAGUAUGAGGACGAGGUGCAUGAAGACCAAUUGCGGUUGCAACAAGAGCAUGAGCGAGAGUUGGCCAAGAAAUCCAACGACUCUAAAGCAAUCAUUAAAGCACCAGCCGAGAAGACAUCCAUACCUAGUACUUCUGGGCGACUGGACAAACGUCCAAGCUUGCUUGCAAAGAAUAGGGAAGUUCGCAAGUUACUUUUAUCCAAGCAAGUUGUUUAUGUCUUAUACUGCAAAGAAGUGAUUCUACUCUCUCAUGAGGCACUCACUGACUUACCUCCUGAAAUCUCCUCCUUAUUGCAGGAAUUGAGGACGUCUUCCCAGACGAGAUCCCAAGUGGACUUCCACCACUCAGAAGGAUUGAACACCAGAUUGACUUUGUGCCUGGAGCAUCCUUGCCAAACAAGCCAGCCUACAAGAUGGGCCCGGAGGAAACUAAGGAGAUCUAGAGUCAUAUUCACCAAGAUCGAUCUUAAGAGUGGCUACCAUCAAAUUCGAAUGAAGGAAGGGGACGAGUGGAAGACGCCUUCAAGACUAAGUAUGGCCUGUAAAUUUGUUGUUGUUUAUUUUGACAACAUUCUGAUCUACAGCAAGAGUCCUGAGGAACAUGUUGCACAUGUACGAGCUGUCCUUGAGGUUUUGCGCCGGGAGAGGUUAUUCGCUGACCUUGGCAAAUGUACUUUCUGCACUAAUGAGCUUGUUUUCCUUGGUUAUAAGAUUAGUGCACAGGGCAUUAAAGUGGACGAGAGCAAGCACUAUAGCUGCCCUCUUACCACCAUUAUCAAGAAGGAUGUGAAGUUCGAAUGGGAGGAAGCUCAGGCGAAGGCGUUCCAACUCCUUAAACACAAGCUCACACACGCACCCUUAUUGUCCUUUCCUAGUUUUGAUAAAGCUUUUGAGGUUGAGUGUGAUGCUUCUGGUAUAGGAAUUGGAGCCGUGCUGAUCCAAGAGGGAAGGCUGAUCGUGUACUUUAGCGAGAAGUUAAAUGGUGCUGCCUUGAACUACUCCACCUAUGACAAGGAGCUCUAUACUUUGAUUCGCACACUGAGACAUGGCAGCACUACUUGA